CUCAAAACUGCUCUGGGUUGAGAACAUGUGGCCAGUGCUUGGAGCAGCCGGGGUGUGGCUGGUGCAAUGACCCCAGUGAUACAGGGAGAGGGUACUGCACUGAGGGUUCCUCACGGGGCCCGAUGAGACUCGGCGGAGCACAUGGCAGCGAGGUGGCCCUGGACACCAGUCUGUGCCCCAAAGAAAAGAACUAUGAGUGGUCUUUUAUCCAAUGUCCAGCUUGCCAGUGUAACGGACACAGCACGUGCAUCGACAGCAAUGUGUGUGAGCAGUGUAAGAAUCUCACCACUGGGAAGCAGUGUCAGGACUGCAUGCCAGGGUACUAUGGAGACCCCACCAACGGAGGGCAGUGCACAGCUUGCACAUGCAGUGGCCAUGCAAAUAUUUGUCAUCUGCACACAGGAAAAUGUUUCUGCACAACUAAAGGAAUAAAAGGUGACCAGUGCCAAUUAUGUGACUCUGAAAACCGCUAUGUUGGUAACCCACUUAGGGGGACGUGUUAUUACAGUCUCCUGAUUGACUACCAGUUCACCUUCAGCUUGCUACAGGAAGACGACCGCCACCACACCGCUAUCAACUUCAUCGCAAACCCAGAGCAGUCAAACAAAAAUUUGGACAUUUCGAUUAAUGCUUCCAACAACUUUAAUCUCAACAUCACAUGGUCGGUGGGCUCAACAGGAGGAACAAUAUCUGGGGAAGAGACUCCUAUCGUUUCUAAGACAAAUAUACGGGAAUACAGAGAUAGCUUUUCCUAUGAAAAAUUUAACUUCAGAAGCAAUCCAAAUAUCACAUUUUAUGUGUAUGUCAGCAACUUCUCCUGGCCUAUUAAAAUACAGAUUGCAUUUUCGCAACACAAUACAAUCAUGGAUCUUGUCCAGUUUUUUGUCACCUUCUUCAGUUGUUUUUUAUCCUUGCUGCUGGUGGCUGCUGUGGUUUGGAAAAUCAAACAGACUUGCUGGGCUUCUCGACGGAGAGAG